AAAUUUGGCCUGGAUAUGAAGAACCCACUGGAAGAGGGUAUUUUGGCGUUCAUUAUGUGGCUAGAUAUAAUGGGCCUGGGGCCACAAACCCCCAGAGUCCUACAGGGAAAAGGAACUUUAGAAAGUCAUUAGCUGUAACACAAGUAUUAAGAGCGAUAAAAAAGAAAGCAUCAAAAAAUAAAACACCAGAUUGGCCACGCGACCCACUACCGAUAAUAGCAUUGAGAUACUACAUGGAUGUGCCACCCCACAGGGCCGAUAUAUCAAUGUACAAGAGGGAUAUAGCCUUAGUUGCUCUUGGAUUAAGGACGAUAAGAAGACCGGGAGAGUUAGGAAACCAAUUUAAGAACGGUAGGUUUAUUCCCGUUGAAAACACAGGAUCAAAAUAUUGCCCA